AACUAGCUCUCUCUUUCUCCUUCUCUCUCUCUCUCUCUCUCUCUCUCUCUCUCUCUCUCCGAGAGACUAAUACAAGAAACUUCUUUUCUCUUUGUCUUCUCUUUCUUUGCUAAAAUACCCACAAAGACUUAAACACCACUCACUACUCAUAGCUACAUAGUCAGCCAUGGCUACUCCUUCAUUGGCACCCAACUCUAGAAGUUGGGUUGGAAUCCAAAUAACUCAAAGCACUCUCUUCUCAUCAAAGUCUACUAAUAAGUCCAUCUCCUUUACCAAGAAGAAGACCAUUCGCUGUGCUCUGCACUCUCCUUCGGUUCUUCACUUCCCUAAACAACAGGUCAUUACGAAAGAUGACAAGCCAACUACCACUAAAACCCAACACCAUCAAUCUCCUCAUUGGAACUUACUGCAAAGAGCCGCCGCCAUGGCACUCGACGUGGCCGAAGGAGCGUUGGUUGCACGCGAGCGCCUGCAGCCACUUCCAAAGACUGCCGACCCACGUGUCCAAAUCUCAGGAAACUUUGCUCCGGUACCGGAACAACCUGUCGGGCAAUCUUUACAGGUAACCGGAACGAUACCCAAUUGCAUUAAUGGCGUUUACUUAAGAAACGGAGCCAACCCACUCUUUGAGCCGGUUGCCGGUCACCAUUUCUUUGAUGGUGACGGCAUGGUCCACGCCGUCAGCAUCAAUGGUGGCGAGGCUUCAGCCAGCUAUGCUUGCCGGUUCACUGAGACCCAAAGGCUGGUUCAAGAACGAGACCUUGGCCGGUCUGUUUUCCCUAAGGCCAUCGGUGAACUCCACGGCCACUCCGGCAUAGCUCGCCUUUUCCUUUUCUAUGCCCGUGGACUCUUUGGUCUUGUUGACCAUAGCCACGGCACUGGAGUUGCUAACGCCGGCCUUGUCUACUUCAACGAUCGGCUACUUGCCAUGUCGGAGGAUGACCUUCCAUACCAAGUCCGUAUUACUCCCUCCGGCGACCUCGAAACUGUCGGAAGGUAUGACUUUGAUGAACAACUCCGUUCCACCAUGAUAGCUCACCCAAAAUUGGACCCAGUCUCAGGCGAGCUUUUCGCCCUGAGCUACGACGUCGUUCAGAAACCGUACCUCAAGUACUUCAAAUUCUCACCCAAUGGCGAGAAAUCCCCCGACGUCGAAAUCCCACUUCCGGUUCCGACCAUGAUCCACGAUUUCGCCAUUACAGAAAAUUUCGUCGUGAUCCCGGAUCAGCAAGUGGUUUUCAAGCUCGGCGAAAUGGUCAGAGGUGGGUCUCCAGUGGUCUACGAUGGAAAGAAGAAGUCCCGGUUCGGAGUUCUGUCCAAAACCGCCACAGACGCCUCCGACAUGAUCUGGGUUGAGUCACCCGACACUUUCUGCUUCCACCUCUGGAACGCAUGGGAGGAACCGGAGACCGACGAGGUAGUCGUCAUCGGGUCCUGCAUGACGCCACCCGACUCAAUUUUCAACGAGUGUGACGAGAGCCUAAAGAGCGUCCUCUCCGAAAUCAGGAUCAACUUGAAGACGCGUACUUCCACGCGCCGUCCCAUAAUCGCAAGCGUGGAUGACGAGGUGAACCUGGAGGCCGGCAUGGUGAACCGAAAUAGGCUAGGCAGGAAAACCCAGUUCGCGUACCUCGCCAUUGCCGAGCCGUGGCCGAAGGUCUCAGGUUUCGCCAAGGUGGAUCUCUCAACCGGGGAAGUGAAAAAGUACUAUUACGGUGACCGGAAGUUCGGCGGCGAACCCUUCUUUCUGCCGAGUUGUGACAGUUCAGAAGAAGAUGACGGUUACAUCAUGGCCUUCGUUCACAACGAGAGGACUGGGAAAUCUGAGCUCCAGAUAGUUAACGCCAUUGAUCUACAGUUGGAAGCUUCGGUCAAACUCCCAUCGAGAGUUCCGUACGGGUUUCAUGGAACAUUUGUGGACGCAAAGAACUUGGCUCACCAGGCCUAGAAGGAAGAGGGUGAAAAUGAAAAGUUUUGGGGUUUUUGGAUAAUUUCGGUAAAUAAAGAAAAAAUAUAAUUAAGGAGAAUUAUUUACCAGAGGGAUGGUAGAGAGAGAGAGAAAGGGUCCCCGGGAUUCUCCUAGAAAUUUUUUAAAACCCUAACAACACUUUUGUUUUUGUUAGGCUUAUAAUUAAAUUAUAAUUAGUUAAGUUGUGAGGGACCAAGCUUGUAGCGUUUUGGACAGUAAGCUAAGCUCAGUUGGUUUCUGUUUAUUUUUCUGUAAUUUUAUAUAAAUAUAUAUAUAUUUACUGUUACUGUAAAUAAGAAAUUAAACUAUAUAUAUUGAUUAAUGGUGUACGAUAUGGUUUUUGUUUUGUAGUAAUUAAUGAAUUUAUGAACUGCAAAUAGUUGUAAUGGUAGUUUGUGCCAAAAA